AUGGCCAGAUUCCGCACAGAUUGCAUAGAAAGACCCCUUCGGAUCUGUUUUGAGAUGAUGGGUCAUUUUAUCGGCUCUCAUCCCUGGUGGUUCUUGAUUGCCCCCCUUAUUCUCUCAGCAAGUCUGGGAAGUGGAUUUUACCUUCUCAAAGACAGAAUGUCAAACGACAUUGAAGAGCAGUUCACACCUGUCGAUGGACGAGCCAAGCUGGAGAGGAAAUACAUCCGAGAGACUUUCCCCGGAAAUGAUUCCAUGUUUUCACGGUUAAGACUGAGCACGGAUGGGAAUUAUGCAACUGUUAUAGUUACGAGUGACAGGAAUAUUCUGUCUGUGGAGUCUCUGCAGGAGAUCCUAGACUUGGACUUCACAGUUAGGACUAUGGCAGUGCAGUUAGAGAACCAGUCAUUUGAGUAUGUGGAUGUCUGUGCUCAGAUGAUGGGAUCCUGCACCUCUAAUGACAUUUUAGAUAUACUUGAAUACACUGCUACCAAUAUAGACACAGUCAAUUUGACAUUUCCGUGGCAUUACACUGAUUUAAGGAGUUUUCCUUUAUAUUUAAGUCUGGGGAGUGUUAAACUCUACGAGGAGAGCUCAGUUGUUGAAAGUGCUAAAGCCAUACAGCUCCAUUACUAUUUACAUCAGGACAACAAAACUGAUCUUUGGUUGGAAAGCUUCAUUAAUAUGAUCUCAAACAUUUCAUCAACUUCCAUUCAGGUGUCAUACUCCACCUCCAUGUCAAUGCAGUGGGAAUUUAAAAAAUCUCCAUCUUCCGUCAUCUACUUAUUCUCCAUCACCUAUGCCAUUGCCAUCACAUUUUCCAUCAUAUCAUGUUGGAGGUUGGAUAAUGUGAGGACGAAGGUGUGGGUGGCGUCCUGCGGGGUUUUCUCUACAGGACUGGCAGUGCUGACUGGUUUUGGUGCUCUGUUGUUGCUAGAUCAACCUUUUGUCAUGACAGUUGCCUCCUGUCCUUUCAUGAUAUUAGGUAUUGGACUGGAUGACAUGUUCAUCAUGAUCUCCUGCUGGCAGAGGACUCGUGUUCUGGACAGCGUCCCCGAGCGGCUGGCUGACACUUACAGGGACGCUGCCGUCUCCAUCUCCAUCACCACCCUGACCGACGCUCUGGCUCUCUUUCUGGGUUACAGCUCGCCAUUUGGUUCAGUUCGCUCCUUCUGCCUGUACGCUGGCGUUGCUAUUAGCUUCUGCUACCUGUACAGCGUCACUUUCCUGGGGGCGUGUUUGGCUUUGAACGGACAGAGGGAGGCGGAGAACAAGCACUGGUUCACCUGCGCCAAAAUCCCAGAAGAUUUACCAUCCAGGAAUUCAAAAGCCUUCAGUAUCUGCUGUGUUGGGGGGAGCUAUGAUCGAAUCACUGAGAAGGAGGAAACUGAGCCAAUGAGUUAUAUGUUUGAGCGGUUCUAUGGUCCAUUUCUGACCCAUAAGUUGGUAAAAUCUUGUGUAUUUGUCUUGUACGCAGGCUAUCUGGCUAUUAGUAUCUAUGGUUGUUUUAUCCUAAAGGAGGGACUGGACAUCAGGAAUCUGGCUUUGGAUGAUUCCUACAUCAUAGAUUACUACAACAGUCAAAGGCAACACUUCUCUGAAUACAGCUGCAACGUGAUGGUAGCAGUGGAGCAGCCCUUUCCAUACUGGGACGAGAAUGAACAGAAGCAUCUGCAGUCAUGCAUUUUAAAUUUUGAGAGUUUGAACUUCGUCAAUGGCACUUUUGCUUGGUUUCUCUCCUUUCUAGAGUAUGCAAAUGUCACCAAUCUCACUAUAAGUUCUCAGGAGGCUUUCCAAAGACAUCUGGCCCAUUUCUUAGAACUCAACGUCAUGUUCCAACAAGACAUCAACUUCACCGCAGACGAUAAGAUUCAGGCCUCUCGCUUUUUCAUUCAGACGCUCAACAAUGCACCACCAAAGGACAUGAUGAUUGGACUGAGGAACACAGCAGAGGGUUGUCCUGUAGAGCUACUGGUGUAUCACCCUGCCUUCAUCUACUUUGACCAGUACACUGUCAUUAUGGACAACACCAUUCAAACCAUCCUGGUGGCUGUGGUGGUGAUGCUGGUCGUCUCCUUCGUCCUCGUACCCAGUCCUCUCUGUUCCCUUUGGGUGGCUUUUGCAAUUUGUUCAGUCAUUGUUGGCGUGACGGGGUUCAUGGGCCUGUGGGGUGUCAACCUGGACUCCAUCUCCAUGAUCAACCUGCUCAUGUGCAUCGGUUUCUCUGUUGACUUCUCAGCACAUAUUUCUUACUCUUUUGUCUCCAGCUCCAAGAGUGACGCCAAUGAGAAAGCCAUGGACGCUUUGGCCCAUUUAGGCUAUCCCAUACUGCAAGGAGCACUGUCUACCGUUUUAGGAGUGGUGGUGCUGUCCGUGUCCGAGAGUUACAUCUUCAGGACUUUCUUUAAGAUUGUUUUUCUGGUGAUUACUUUUGGGCUGCUCCAUGGUUUAGUGUUCAUUCCAGUGUUUCUGACUCUGUUUGGGACCUUUGGGAAGUGGUGCUGA